AUGGUACACAAAUUUUGCUUUGAGGCUCUUGAUAGAACACUUAAAGAUGUUCUUAGAUUUUAUGAUACCAGCUGUGUUGAUAUGCCCUUUGGUGGAAAAGUUGUCAUUCUAGGAGGAGACUUUCGACAAAUAUUACCUGUCAUUCCACAUAGCAGUAGACAAGAGAUAGUUCGUGCAACAAUCAAUUCUUCGUAUCUAUGGUCCCAUUGUCAUUUGUUAUCUUUGACAAAGAAUAUGUGUCUCAAUUGUGGAAGUAGCACUAAUAAUUUGUUAGAAGUAAAAGAAUUUUCUGAGUGGCUACUUAAAAUAGGAGAUGGUGAUCUUGGAGAUGAUGUUGAUGGAGAAUCUAUUAUAACAAUUCCAGAUGAAUUGUUGAUUAAAGGUUCAGAGGAUCCACUUUCAGAGAUUGUUGAUUUUGUCUACUCGAAUCUGAUGGAUAAUAUCUUAGAUCCGACGUUCUUUAAAGAACGCGCUAUUCUAACUCCUAAAUUGUCCGAUGUUGCCAUGUUAAACGAGCACCUAAUGACUGUGAUUCCAGGUGAAGAAAGGACAUUUUUGAGUUCAGAUAAGGUUUUGAAACAAGAUGGUAAUUCAUCGCUUGAGGAUGACGAAAUCUCCCCUGAGAUCUUAAAUACAUUCUCAUGUUCGGGGAUUCCUGAUCAUAAAUUAACUUUGAAGGUUAAAGUUCCGGUUAUGCUAUUGAGAAAUAUUGAUCAAUCAAGAGGUUUAUGCAACGGUACGAGAUUACUUAUUACAAAAUUGGGGAAUCAUGUUGUUGAGGCAAUUGUUCUUACGGGAAGCAAUAUAGGAGAAACUGUGUUAAUCCCUAGAAUGACGAUGAGCCCAUCAAGUCAUACAUUUCCAGUAAAUUUCCAAAGAAGACAAUUUCCCUUGGUAGUUUUGUUUGCGAUGACUAUCAACAAGAGUCAAGGACAGUCGCUUUCUCAUGUUGGCAUUCAUCUUCCUAGGCCUGUCUUCACUCAUGGGCAAUUAUAUGUCGCAUUAUCUAGAGUAAAGAGCAGGCAUGGAUUGAAGAUGCUGAUACUUGAUGAAAAUGGUUGUGUUACAAAUACUACUUUUAACAUAGUCUAUAAGGAAGUAUUUCAAAGAUUAAUGUAG